UUUUUUUUUGAUUCCCGCGAAAAAAGUUUGAGCCACGUGCUUUUGCUUUCAUUAAUCGUUCAUUAAUCGUUAUUAUGUUGUUCUUUUUCUCAUCGUAGUAAUCGUUGAUGCAUGCGUUAUCUUUUUGAAUUUGUUGAUAUUUUGUCUAUCAUUUUUUUUUUCUUUAACAUUGUAUCCGUUCUUCAAAAUUAUGACAAUUUGUUUAUCUUUGGCUUACGGAUUUUUUUCAUUGUUGUUGCGGCCGUUUUCAUUUUUAAACGACGACUCUUUUUAAUGGCGUAAUGUAAAGAAAUAGAUAGAAAACUUUGUUUACACAACAAACGUAAAAGGAUCAA